AUGAUCGCUCAUAAUACGCGUUUUGCUGCCCACAGCACCUCUGAUAACCACUUUGAACCAGAAGAUCCCUCUCCAUCGUCUCUCGCAAUGAAGGAAAGCUCGACUUCAUCUACCCGCCACGCCCGCAACAAUUCUGUUAUCUAUCCCAAGAAGCGUCCGUCUCCGAAUGGCGUGUCGAAGCCGCGACGAUCUCCUCUCUUGCCUGCCUAUGGUCCACGGAAGACCCCCAGGUCCGCGAAAUCCGGUCUCAUUCAACAGCGGCAACGCGAGGCCCAGAUAGCUGCUCUUCGCAGGGAAGGCAUUCUCAUAGAAGAGGAGUAUCGUGAGGAGAUUCGUUAUUACAUGCUUGACAUGGAGCAAUGCACAAUGUGUUCGCUGCAGUCCAUGGACCAACAACCUGAAAUUCGGUGGCACAUGCGCCCUUGUCUGGUCGACUUUCUCGUUGAAGUUCACUUCGCAUUUCGCCUCCGCCCCGAAACUCUUUACCUUACACUCAACAUCAUUGAUCGCUACGUGUCUCGCCGCAUUGUCUACGUGAAGCACUACCAACUUGUCGGAUGCGCUGCUCUCUGGAUCGCUGCAAAGUUUGAAGACGCCAAAGAUCGUGUUCCUACCGUCCAGGAACUCGCCUCUGUAUGUCAAGAAGCCUACGACGAAACUGCAUUCAUCCAGAUGGAAGGUCAUGUUUUGUCUACCAUUCAGUGGACUUUGGGACACCCAACGGCCGAGGCUUGGUUACGGCUUAUGUGUUGUGGGCCAGUGAUGGAGGAGCCCAAAGUUCAGCAUGUGGCCCGCUUUUUGAUGGAAAUAACGCUGUUCUAUCGCGAGUUCGUAAAGCAUUCACCUUCGACUAUUGCUCUGGCUGCCUUGACUUUGGCUCGUUACCUUUGCGGCAAGCCUCGCCGUGUCUGGGAAGAGACAGAUGAGUGCAUUGAGGUCGUUGAAUACCUCGACAAUCGUCUGGCGCGACAUGUGAACGACCUUUCGGAAGUCCUCGUGCGUAAAUACUCGUACGCCUUCUAUUCCAAGGCCGCCACCUUCGUCGUCCAGUACUAUUUGAACGGCGGUCACUUCAUGCGCCACGCGUACCCUUCUCUACCUGUCACUCCUGUCCGCUCUCCCGCCUCCUCCAUCGUCAGCACGCCCAUGAGCUCCACCACCUCCUACUCGGACCUUUCAGACGAUAUGCCCGUCACGCCGACGAGUCCGUUAUCGACGAGUGAUUUCUUCCCAAGCUCGCAUUGUUCUUCAGAUGACAAGGAGAACGUGCACUCCUCGCUGGAACCUGUGAUCAAGCCGAUACGUGCUGAUCCGACACCCGACGAGUUCCUCCCUCACGAUUAUGUCUCAUUCGGUCGUCCCGCGCUUCACAACUUAAAUGUUGUGUCUCCCCGAGCGAUGGUAGCAUAG